CGGUGUUGUGUUCUUUUACGUAUCGAUUGAUUGCUAUUGGUUGUUGCUAAUGAUGGUGAUUGUGGUGAUGAUGAUGAUUCAUGACGGUGAUGAUGAUGAUUCAUGAUGGUGGGUGAUUGAGAAGUCGUACUCUUUUUACUGCACUUCUUCUGUAAUCCGUUUAGAUCCACUUAACCACAACUCGCACAAACCAAUUUUCACCACCGUGACAUCUCCUUGAUUGAAAGAUUAACUACGAUGAAGUCCACCAUCCUCUUUUGUCUCCUUUCUGUUAUCCUCGGAAUGUUCUUUGCGCCACAAUCAGCGUCGGCGUUUGCCCCCGUGAGUGUCGCUCCAGUCGCGUUGACGCCGACCACUAGCACACAGCUUUUCUUUUUCGGAAAGCCAAAAGAUGACGGAAGCCCCGGAGACUACGUGUGCAAGGACUGCGGUUAUGUUUUCACGAAGGGUCCCAAGGCCUGGGCCGCCCUCGACGACAGCAAGUACAAGUGUCCCCCUUGUGGCGCGCCCAAGUUCCGGUUCAAGAAGGUUCCCAAGGGAUCCGAAUCGGGGAAGGUCGAGGUGAAGAAAAGCUGGUUUUGAAGAGAUACAAUAUGUAAACGGAACAAGAACAAAUACUCCACGAUGCUACUCAAACAACACACUUGAGCCGACCGCAUUCACACGAUCACAAACACAAAAUGAUUUCACUUCGCUAUCCGAGAAAGCAAGAUGUCACACGAAGUACUUAAGAGGCAUGACGUCAUGGAUUUGAUUCCCUGGGUCAACUGCUGGUUUCCCACUCCAUCUGUAGCUUCAAAAAUAGCCACGCACACUCACUCCUGCUGUAGAAUAAUAAUAAAAACGCACAAAA